ACAAAUCCGAGGAAUAUUAUUAUUUAUAUACAAUCUUCGACCGUUCUUUCUUACUCGCAUCUUUCCGCUUCUUCUUAAAUUUUCCCGAGAAAAUCCGAGUACCAGAGGGAGAAACCCAUCAUCAACAACAAGUGAAAGUGUGCCCAUUUGCUUUGGUUAUUGCUGUGACAAUUAAUUUCUUUCGGGGAGGGUCUUCGAUCUUCUUCUAGAUCUGCGUUUUCUUCUCGCUCCUUCUGGUCACGGUAUUGUUCUUUUCCCUCUGUUGACAAGAAAACGAUCGAUUAUGAUCGGAAUUCAUCGAUUCUGAUCCAUUUUUGCACUUCACUUGCGGUGUAGUUCUGUUUGGAUGCCGAGAAAACUCUACAAGUUGAACUUUCUUGGUGUUCUUUCGUACAAUCCUUAGUGAGCAGCGUCUGAUGAUAAAGUCCGAAAAGUUAUGUCGAAUCCUGACGCAGAAUCUUCAGCGAAAACGGACGCCGUUCAGCCCAAUUCAGCCUCAUUACAGAACCGCUGUUCGGCCGGCGGUCCAGUGGCGAUUCUCUGGGACAUGGAGAACUGCCCUGUCCCGAGCGGUGUCCGUCCGGAAGAUGUUGCCGGCAACAUAAGAAUGGCCCUGAGACUGCAUCCUGCCAUAAACGGUGCUGUGGUUGCAUUCUCGGCUUACGGAGAUUUCAAUUCGUUUCCUCGUAGAGUUAGGGAAGGUUGCCAGAGAACGGGAGUGAAGCUUGUCGAUGUACCUAACGGGAGGAAAGACGCGGCCGAUAAGGCUAUCUUGGUCGACAUGUUCUUGUUUGCGCUCGAUAACCGGCCUCCCUCUUCCAUCGUGCUUAUAUCGGGAGAUGUCGAUUUUGCUCCGGCCCUUCACAUACUCGGCCAACGCGGAUACAAUGUGAUUCUAGUCGUACCUUCGGGCGUCGUUGUUAAUUCAGCUUUGUGUAAUGCCGGUAGGUUCGUUUGGAACUGGCAAAGCAUUGUUCGCGGUGAAGGCUUCGUUCCUCAGUCGAGGCUAUCUGAUAUGGCUAAGCACCUCAUCGGCAGGGAGGAUAACCCGAAUGGGAUGAAUGGAGAAGAAGAAGAAGAAGCGAUUCUGUAUAGAGGAAUCUCCCGGAACUGUUAUAACCCGAGAGAUUCCUCGACGGUCUUGCAGUCUCUUACCGAGCAUACUACCGCAUUGACUUGUCAUCCCACUGCUUUCCCGUCUUCUUACGACGAGCUUGAUCCCGCCAUGUGGGUCGCAGCACCUGGCGAUGUAAAUGGUCUGAAGGGACAACUGGUGAGACUUCUCGAACUUUCGGAUGGUUGUAUGUCGCUCUUGCGUGUUCCAUCCGUAUACCAGAAGCAUUUCGGUAAACCCCUUUACGUAUCGGAGUACGGAGCACUCAAGCUCGUGGAUCUUUUCAAGAAGAUGGGCGACGCCAUCGCGGUGGAUGGUAAAGGCAACAAAAGAUUUGUCUACCUUCGGAACUGGAAAGCAAACCCUAGCACUCCUCUCCUUGAGGAGGACAAGAAAGGGAAAGACGAGAGCUUGGAUGAUGACGGAGGAGCAGCCAUCAGAGGCGGCUCCUCGGCCAAGUUGUCUGAUGUGGACAGGAACUUGGAAGAGUUCAGGCAUGAGCUGCAACAGAUUCUAGUGAGCUACUCUUGUCGGAUAACAGUCGGCUCUUUUGAGGAAAAAUACCGACAGAGGUACAAGAAGCCAUUGGACUACCGAAAGCUCGGGGUCGAUCACUUGGAGAAGCUCCUGGACAAGGUCAGGGACGUUGUCAUCAUUUACAAAGAUCCUGCAACCGAGCAGAAGUUCAUCGAGCCCCUUUAUUAAAAUUCCCGAAACCGACCUAUAGACCAGACGGUGCAUUUUUUUCAGCCGUUCAAUCGUCCCGUCGUGGUGCAGACAGUCUCUGAGGAAGAAGAUAUGACAUGUUCCUCCAUGAACGAGCAUGUAAGCUCUUUAACAUCCUGCUACUGUAUAUUU